UUUGCUACACUCCUCCAGACUGAUACCUUUGUAAAAUGACAUUAUUUUGAUCUUUAGCAACCUUUCUGCAAACUGUGACGUUAGCUAAAGGCUGCAGUCAAGCUAAUGUCGAGGAAGUCCUACCUGAACUUUAUUUCUGAGUCAUCAGAUCUAACGUAGUUGAUGCCGGGGGUUAACGCAAAAUGACAGAAUCCUUAAAACCAAAUCAAAAACAGAGUGUAGUUCUUAUGUAAGCAGACUAUUGGCAAAUUUUAUUAUUACAUUUCUCCCAUCUAACAAAUUUAUGAGUUUCACAAUCAAAAACACAUGUGAAAUUCAUAUGUCUGCAUGGAGAUUUAAAGAUCUUCUAAAAUAUUUACUUUUUAAAUGUUUCUAAGUAGCAGAUACGGUGCAGAAUACUGACCUGGCCUAUAUAUUCAGUUUUCUAAGCUGUAAAAGCUGAUGUUGCAAUGUACAUUAAGUGCAGUGCCUUCCCCGUGUCUCAGGAGAGCCCUGGUCUGGGGCAUCGUCAGGCUUUUAAAUGAGUCUCGGCGGCGGUCUGGACCUCUCUCUCUGUGCUCCUCCGGUCGCUGCGGCCGCGCGGCUCUACCUGGAGACCUGCUGAAAACCCACGGAGCACGUCUGCUCAGGCAUUUUCCAACCAAACUGAAUAAUUGAGAGAAUAGAUGAGUCAAUCUCAACGGAGAUCUUACUACAUCUCUCAGCUGCAAGUUUUUUCUUUUUCUUUUUUCUUCCCCCCUUCUUCAUCUCACCUAUCAGGAGGAAAUAAACGCCUGGACUGAAACUGAAUGAGGAUUUCAUUUGAUUCGUGUGAUUGGUUAGAUUUGAUUUGGCUUUUUGAGAGAGAAUGGCUUUGGAACAGGCAAUUCCUGGAAUUUGGGUAGAGUAAAGAUAUUAUGGAUUUAUUUUGGGCCUUUAUUUUCUUGUCUCAUAUCUUUGUUGCUAUGGUAACCUUCCACAUCUCCCAAAUUGCCCUUUCGUCUCCCUUAUGGGUGGUCUGUAUUUCCCCCCCACCUUUUCCCUCAACAAUGCAACAGGCACUCGCAGGUUUUCUUUCCCCACUUAUUUUUGUACGCUUCAACCCGGUUUUCAUUUGGUCUGAUUUUUUUCUUUUAGCCGCUUUUGACGUGGAAUUGACGAGGCUGGACGCCAGAUGUCAGCAAACGGAGCCAGCCAAUCACAAAGAGAGAAGUCUGAACGCUUCAGGCCUCAACAAAGUCGCGUAUCCCCCAGGCUCCUGGAGGCGAAGAUUUCCAAACAGUGCAUAUAGUUCUCACCUCACACGCACUUGAGUUUAUAAUAAUCCCAAAUCGUGUCACUGAACACAAACAACCUCAUGUGAAAACGCUCUGCCGUAAAGCCUGUAUCAAAAAAGAAAGAGGAAGUGCUACCUUCCUUCAUGCCACAUCCUCUCAGUUGUGCUUGUCUUCCUUUUUGACCCUCAGAUGACAGUUAUCUGCAGUUGGGCCUGUUGAUCUCACAGAUCUCAUUAGUGUCUCUUUUCAGAUCGGAGCGCAGCCGUCCAACUUCCUGCACCCAGGGUUUUGACGCUUUUUUUUCUUUUUUUUUGAAGUCAACAUCUUGUAGAGGGAUUAUUUCAGCAGAAACUCCCCCGGUCUUGUUGUGGUUGCUCUCUGGGAGCUAGCUGAAGCUCUUCCUCAGACGGUGUUUGAUUGAGAGCCUCCGACUCCUCUGCAGAUUCGUGCCAACAGGUCAGCAAAGCGACCGAGCCAUCCAGAGGAGGGGAGAUGGAGGCCGCCGCUUUCGAGUACCACAAAAAGGAGGAAGACCUGGAGGUGGAGUCUUUUCAAGGAGAGAAGAGGAAGCUCAUCCAGCCGACAUCCUUGAAAGACCCCAAGCUUGAAAACCUAAAGCAGGCCUUGGUGGACUGGAUCAAUAAGACUCUGAAAGCAGAGCACAUCGUGAUACAGAGUCUGGAGGAGGAUCUGUACGAUGGACUCGUCCUCCAUCACCUGCUGGCCAGAUUAGGCAACGUGAAGCUAGACGUGGAGGAGAUAGCGCUGACCGGCUCCUCUCAGCUCCGUAAGCUGGAAGCCGUCAUGAAAGAGCUGGACAAGAUGCUGGGCGUGGAGGACGGCUGCCCGAUCAAAUGGGACGUCAAACUCAUCCACAACAAAGAUCUCCUAGCUACCGUUCAUCUGCUGGUUGCCAUGGCAAAAGCCUUCCAGCCUGAGCUAAAUCUGCCACCGAAUGUGAAGAUAGACGUUGUCACAGUAGAAGUAAGCAAGAGCGGAAUCAAAUCUGAGGUGCAGACCGAAGUCCUGACAGAGGACAGCAACACAGGCUCAGGCUCGUCCAGCUGUCCUGGAAGGGAAGAUCCUAUUGAGCAACUGCUGAAGCUUGAGGCUACCAAGGUCAACACAGUGAAGAAGGCCAUCUUACACUUCGUCAACCAGAACAUGGCACCGCUGGGUCUGCAGGUGGCUGAUAUGGACAAACAGUUUGCUGAUGGAGUGAUAUUGCUGCUGCUGAUUGGCCAAUUGGAAGGCUUCUUCAUCCCGCUGGUUGACUUCCACCUGACCCCUGCUAACGACGCCGAGAUGCUUCAUAAUGUGACAUUAGCCCUGGAUUUCCUGGAUGACAUCGGCCUGCACCUGCCCAAUAUUGACCCGCAAGAUAUCGUCUCUCAGGACGUCGCCGCCACCUUGAAGGUCCUUUACGCCCUGUUCAGGAAGCACAAAAGGAACUGAGGGAGGAAGACGCUGGAUGAAGACGAGACGAGCUGCUGGAAAUAAACAAGAAGACGGGAGGGGAAAAGUGUUUGCUGUGUAAUUUAUUGCUGUAUUUUUGUUUUUUGGCUUGUACAGAUUUAGACAAAAACAGUGGGAUCUAUUUUGGAACAUGUUAGCUUUUAUGAAUAAGGGCAUUUUAUGUAGUAUAGGCUAAUUGUGUUUUGAAAAAAAACCCCAUAUUUUUUGUAAAUAUCUUGAGAACUUAGGUUGAAAAGUAUCUUCUCUUGAUUAAGAAAAGGUAUUAAAUUUUACUUUUAUUAAAUUGGAGGACAGCAAAUACUUCAGUGUUGGUGGCAGCAGCAAACUGCUUAAGUGAGUCAGAAAACUGAUAUUUCUUUAAGACUCUGCACACCUGACAGAGCCUCAGGUAGAGAAGCAAGAGAAGCAGCUGAUUGGAGUCGGUGUAUGCAAAUAAAUCUUUACAUCCAGAAAACUGCUAACGUCUGACUGGCAUCACAGGAAAAAAAAGAUGGCUGGCAGCAGAAAAGUAAGUAAGAAAGGAAAGAAAGAAACAGUCAUUCACAGUUUAGAGCAGAUUUUGUUUUACAGGUUUUCCGUGCUGAAACUUUUCAGUGAUGUGCCAAAUUUGAAUUUGUUUUACUGUUACCACUAAAACUUUAGCAAAGUUUUGUCUACUUUCAUAUUUAUGAAUGUUAUUGUGAAUAAUAUGUUUUUCUUGACAGUGACGGUAUCAUCAAUAUCAGCGGUUAGAGUUUUAAAUCGUAACCGCAGAUGGACGAUUAAUAUAAAGAAAUAUUCAAGGUACAGCAUGUGGAUGUAACGUAAUCGACUGCAUAAAUAUUAGGUCAUAUGUGUCCUUGGUUGUGUAUGUAUUUCCAUAAAGCUUCACUCCCCUGGUAACACAA